AUGGGUCUAAAGGAAAUCAGGCACGGGCUGGAUGAGACCCAAGACUUGUCGCAACUUCUGCUGGGAGUCUCCAAGUUCAACCUACAGGACACGGGGCAUCCCUCCUCACUGCUGGUCCACGGUGCAUUGGCCUUCCCCGUAGGGCUGGAUGAAGCCCACGGGGUAUUUCUGGCUGCCGGGCACCAUGGACGUGGCCGAGUGGUGGUGGCUUCCCACGAGAACCAGCUCUCUGCCCCCCAGAUGAAGACGUUCAUCCUCAAUGUCGUCCGCUGGCUGCUCAGGGGCAGGAAGGGGACGGUCGGUGUCGGCGACGGCUUGAGCGAGCUUCGGGCCCUGCUGGCCAACGAGGAGGUCUCGUGUGAGCUGACUGGGCUGAGGGAGGACCUGAGUGUCUACUGCUGCAACUCGUACAGCGCCCUCCAGGCCCGAGAGAUCCAGGAGUUUGUGGCAGAGGGAGGCGGUUUGCUCAUCGGGGGCCAGUCCUGGAACUGGGCCCUCAGCCACCCACACCUCUCUGCCGUCGCCGACUACCCAGGCAACAGAAUCCUCAACCCCCUCGGGAUCAGCAUCCUGCAGAGAGGGAUCCAGGCUGAGAAGGUCUCGCCUCUGCCGGCACCAGGAGGCCCACGGGCCUACCACCUCCGCAGGGCCCUGGCCCAGUUGCUGCCGCUGGUCGGACAGAAGACAGACCCGCAGCCCCCACUGUCCUUGUGGAUCAGGAAGCUGGGGCAGGAUUGUGUGGAGCUCCUGAAGAUCCCUGCUGAGACCUCUCCCAUCUUCUCCUCCUUCCACCGGGACCUGGAGACGCUGGUGCAGGCUGGGGGGGUCCCCAGAGUCAGCAAAGAAACCCCGUUACGGGCCAGCUCCAAGGAGGCCGUCUUGCUCGGUAUAGCCACCGAGCUCUACCGUACACACCCAGGUGUCCUGAUCCAGAACUGUCCCGAGGAGCCCCAGGGCCCACCGCUGACCAUUCUCAUCAAUGGCCAGAACAAGGGUAGGGGAUCUUCCACCACCCAGAGGGAGUCAAGAAGGCUUGGGACCAUCUGCGUGCAGGUGGGCUGCCACUCGGAUGACCUCACGGAGGCGGAGGAGCUGAAGCGCCCCCCUGUGGUGACAUCCCGGUUUGACGUCUGCUCGGAGAGGGUGACCGUGUCCAGCCUGUGGGGAGGCCUUAUGUACAUCGUGCUGCCCACGGGAUGCCAGCUGGACCCAAUCCCGGUCACCGUCCGAGGGGCCAUGCAAGCCCCUUUCUUCCGGCUGGGGGAGACCAGUCCUUCAGCCUGGCACAAGACCCUCCGUCACCACCCAGCUCCUUGGGCCGAGCUGGAGACAGAUAACCUGACCCUGACGGUGCCCGCUGAGAACAUCUGCCUCCUGGACAGCCCGGAGCCUCUCCUGGACAUCUGGCAGCAGAUCAUGGGAGCGGUGUCCAAGCUGGCCGCCGUUCCCCAGACUCUCCGCCGGCCGGAGAGGAUCGUGGCAGACGUGCAGAUCUCGGCAGGCUGGAUGCACGCCGGCUACCCCAUCAUGAUUCACCUCGAGUCAGUGGAGGAGGUAGUGAACCUGCAGAGGAUCUGGGAGAAGGGCCUCUGGGGCCCCCUUCACGAGCUGGGUCACAACCAGCAGCGGUCAAACUGGGAAUUUCCUCCCCACACCAGCGAGGCCACCUGCAACCUCUGGUCAGUGUAUGUGAGUGAGACCGUCCUGGGGAUCCCCAGGCACGAGGCCCACACGUCCCUCCGGCCAGAGGCAAGGGCAUCCAGGGUUAAGGCUUUCCUGGAACAGGGAGCCCCACUGAAGAAAUGGGAAGUCUUUGUGGCCCUCGAGACAUACCUGCAGCUCCAGGAGGCCUUCGGCUGGGAGCCCUUCAUCCAGCUAUUCGCUGACUACCAGACCGAGACCGGUGUCCCGGAUGACAACAAGGCCAAGAUGAACUUGUGGGCCCAGAAGUUUUCUCAGCUGGUGAAGAAGAAUUUGGCCCCUUUCUUCAAGGCUUGGGGGUGGCCCAUUGAGGAGAAGCUUGCCCGAGAACUGGAGGAAACCUUCCCUGUGUGGCUAGAAAAUCCGCUACUGCCCUACCUCUCCCCUCAAAGCAGUAAUAGUAAUUGA